AUGUUGAACAAAAAUUGGGUGAAACUAAACAGAGCUACAAAAGAGUACACGGAUGCGGCAUGGGACUUUGUGAAAAUGGUAGAAAGAAAUUAUGGUUUUCCAAAUAAAAUUAUCUGUCCUUGUAAGAAGUGUCGAAACUUAAAUCAUCAUUGUGUUGAUGAUGUUUUUGAGCACUUAGUUAUAACCGGAAUGGAUCCAACUUAUCGUAUUUGGGUUCACCAUGGAGAGCAACCCAUUGAUACUCAAGUUGACGAAGUUUCGAAUGAUAUGGAUGCAUUUGAUUUAUACACGACUGCUGCCAUGGAUGAUGUGGACAAUAAUAUAGGUUGUGGAGGUGGUGAAGACGAUGAAUUUGUUAACGAAGAUCUUCAAAAGAAGUUGGAGGAUGCGGAAUCUCCUUUAUAUGAAGGGUGUGAGAAAUGCACAAAACUUUCAUCAAUUGUAGCUUUAUAUAGGUUGAAGAAUCUGAAUGGUUGGACAGACAAAAGUUUUACUGGACUAUUAGAACUCCUUUGUGAUAUGUUUCCCAAAAACAAUGUACUUCCUGAUUCCAUGUACUCAGUUAGGAAAUUUUUGAGAAAUUUUGAUUUGAAAUAUGAAAAGAUUGAUGCUUGUAUUAAUGAUUGUUGCUUAUUUAGAAAGGAGAAGGAUAAAAUGGAUGUUUGUCCUAAGUGUAGUGUUUCUAGAUGGAAAGUUGAUAAACACACAAAGAAUGUUAAAGUUGGUGAGGCUGCCAAAGUUUUGAGGUAUUUUCCGAUAAUACCCCGAUUGAAAAGAUUGUUUAGAUCAAAAGAAAUGGCUGAAAACUUAAGGUGGCAUUUCACUCAUAAAAGUAUUGAUGGGAAGAUGCGACAUCCAGCGGAUACACCUGCUUGGGAUUCCAUUAAUGAAAGAUGGCCAGAGUUUAAUCUUGAACCACGCAACCUUAGGCUCGGACUAGCUGCUGAUGGAAUUAACCCCUAUAAAAGUCUAAGCUCCACUUAUAGUUGUUGGCCAGUGAUGCUUGUUAUCUAUAAUUUACCACCUUGGUUGUGCAUGAGGGACGGAAAUACAUUUUUGUCAUUAUUGAUUCCAGGUCGUAAACAACGUGGAAAUGAUAUUGAUAUUUAUUUGGAGCCUCUUAUUGAAGACUUAAACAAAUUGUGGAAUAAUGGAGUGCAUACUUAUGAUGCAUUCGACAAAAGCUCCUUCAAUUUGAAGGCAAUGUUGUUGUGGACAAUAAACGAUUUUCCUGCAUAUGGAAAUCUUGCUGGGUGUACAACCAAAGGCAAGACAGCUUGCCCGAUUUGUGGUAAUGAUACAUGUGCAACUAGGCUGAAACAUAGUAAAAAAUUUUCAUACCAAAAUACUAGGAGAUUUCUCCCGUUUGAUCAUCCAUAUCGGUCUAAGAAAGCAUGGUUCAAUGGAGCUACAGAAGAAAGAGGCCCCCCUAAAGUUUUGAGUUGCAGUGAAAUUGUUGAAGAACUAAAUCAAAUUACCAACGAUUUUGGAAAAAAUAUGAAUCCCAAAAAAAGGAGUCGGGAUAAUAAGGUGGAAGGAAUGUGGAAGAAGAAAUCUAUAUUUUUCAAUCUACCAUAUUGGGAGGUUUUGUUAGUUCGUCAUAAUUUGGAUGUUAUGCAUAUAGAAAAAAAUGUGUGUGAUAGUAUUAUUAGCACAUUGUUGGACUUGAAUGGAAAAUCCAAAGAUCAUCUUAAUGCUCGAUUGGAUUUAAAGGAUUUGGGUAUCAAGAAGGCCUUGCAUCCGGUGGAGAAAGAUGGGAUUAUAUGA